AUAUAAAACCAUUUCUCUCUUUCCUGGUCAAUUCCGUUUCUCACUUUACUCUGUCUAUGUUCUCUCCUUUCCCCUCACUCUCUCUGCCUCAACUCUCUCAUCAACUGUUGUUCACAUCACCUCGAGGGUAGAGACCAGGCGAAUUCAUGUGUUUUUGUUCCAAUUUCUUGGUUUUUGUACUUGAUUUUACAUUUCUGCAAUUUUAAUUUUCAAAAUUUCCCAAAUGCAAGUUCAAUUUUGUACAUGCAAUUCUGGUUAUUCAUAGUGUUAAGUUUCAUCUUCAAGAGAGUUUUUUUUUUCUGUUAAAAGUUUGAUUUUUAUUUAUUAGCUUAUCAUGGUUGAGAAAAAUUGGGAAAUUUUAGUAGAAUUGAGAUUUUGGAGAAUUUUUUUCUGUUAAAAAUUUGAUCUUUAUUUAUUAGUUCAUCAUGGUUUAGGAGAAUUAGGUAAUUGAGUAGAAUUGAGCAAUUGGGUAGAGUUGAAUUAGGGUUGACAAUGUCUUUUAGGAGUAUAAUUAUGGAAAGGAAGGGAUUUGAGGUGAAAUUUGGGUAUGGUUUAAGAUCAAGGUCACAGUCACACUGUGAUAUUAGUGUUGCCCAUGGUUCUUUGGUGGUUGAUGGCAUGAAGCAGAGUUGUUGGGCUAACAUGCCCCCUGAGCUUUUGAGGGAUGUGCUCAUGAGAAUUGAAGUCUCUGAUGAUAAUUGGCCUGCCCGGAAAAAUGUUGUUGCUUGCGCCGGUGUUUGCAGGAGUUGGAGAGAAAUUGUUAAGGAAAUUGUCAAACCUCCUCAACAAUCCAGCAAGUUGACAUUCCCUAUCUCCUUGAAGCAGCCUGGUCCAAGGGACUCUCUCAUUCAGUGCUAUAUUAAACGAAAUCGCAGUAACCAAACAUAUUAUCUUUUUCUCAGUUUGAACCAAGCCUCAACUGAUGACGGCAAGUUCCUUCUUGCUGCACGCAAGUGCCGACGUGCAACCCACACUGACUACAUCAUUUCUCUAAACUGCGAUGAUGUAUCAAGAGGGAGUAGCACUUAUAUUGGGAAGUUGAGAUCAAACUUUCUGGGCACCAAAUUUACCGUGUAUGAUGCACACCCUCCAAUCUAUGGAGCCAACGUUGCGAAGUCUCGUUCCACCAGGAUGGUUAGUCUCAAACAAGUGUCUCCAAGAGUUCCUGCAGGCAACUAUCCCAUUGUGCACGUCUCAUAUGAUCUGAAUGUUUUGGGCUCUAGGGGCCCUAGGAUAAUGCAAUGUGUUAUGGAUGCCAUCCCUGCCUCAGCUGUUGAACCUGGAGGUGUGGCCCCAACACAGACUCGAUUUCUUCAUAGCAGAAUUGAUACUUCUCCAUCUAUCCCAUUCUUCAGAUCAAAAUCAACCCGCACAGAGAAUCUCCAAUCGUUAGUACCUUUGACUGGGCAAAACGAUGGAAUGCUGGUGUUAAAAAACAAGGCUCCUAGGUGGCACGAACAACUCCAAUGCUGGUGUUUGAACUUCAACGGACGUGUGACAGUUGCUUCCGUUAAGAAUUUUCAGCUGGUUGCAUCUCCCAAAAAUGGUGUUUCUGAACAGGCUCAGGAAAAUGUUAUUCUACAGUUUGGAAAAGUUGGAAAGGAUGUAUUCACUAUGGAUUACCAGUAUCCAAUCUCCGCCUUUGAAGCAUUUGCAAUAUGCCUUAGCAGUUUUGACACCAAGAUUGCUUGUGAAUGAUUGCUGGAACUAACAGGCAGGUGUUAGCUGUGGUUGGAAUUGCCUGCACAGUAUUGCAGGUCUGCUUUCUGUUUAGUCCAACUCGGCUUCAAAGUAUCUCCCCUGUAAUGUAUAUACUGUUGUAUGUGACUUGUAUGUGCAUUAUGUGUAACAAACAUGAAAUUUAUGUUGUAUUUUUUGUGUGUUAGUUUGUAAACCAACUUAUCUUUUUUUGGCCAUGAGUUUGUAGACAAUGACCUUAGAGGCAAUUGGUUUGUGAACUUUCCAGUUGUUUCUGUUUGAUGGCUUUUGUUUUGAGAAUGUAAUUUCCUGCUGUUGUUGCUACAUAGUUUUCAAAGAAAUCCCAUAUUUUACAGUGCAAA